AUGAACGAUCUUAAAGAAAGAUUUUUCAACAUUGCUGGUUUCCCCAACUGCGUAGGAGCCAUUGACUGCAGUCACAUCCGUAUAAUUGGACUAGGUGAAAACGGGCAAAGAUUCAUCAACAGAAAAGGCUGGUCUUCUAUUAAUGUCCAAGCAGUGAGCGACAGUAAUCGUAGAUUUGUCAACAUAGUGGCAUACUGGCAUGGUUCAGUACAUGACAGCAGAAUAUUCGACAACAGCUUAAUGAAACAGAGAUUUGAAGAUGGAGAAAUUGAUGGGUUCUUGAUUGGCGAUUCGGGAUAUCCUUGUCUGCCCUAUCUAAUGACACCUCUGCUCAAUCCAGGAAACGCUGCCGAAAACAAAUAUAACCAUGCUCUCUGUUCCACGAGAAAUAUAGUAGAAUGCAUGUUUGGAAUGUGGAAACGAAGAUUUCCUUGUUUAACAUAUACUCUCCGAUUCAAGAAGUUACAAACAUCUCUAGCAGUGAUUGUAGCAACUGCUGUAUUGCAUAAUAUUGCUAUCAGUGAAAGAGAACCCAAUUUGGACGAUGACAUUGAAGAUCUGCAGCCUCAACUUCAGAUCAACAGAGUACAAAAUGGACGUGGAAAUGCUGUCAGACGGGCUCUUUUUCAACAGUAUUUUGCCUAA